UGAAUCCUCUCUCUCGCCCCCAUAGUUUCAACUUUCACGGCUGCCGCCAAUUCUUCCGUGUCAAGCCGCUACCCACCUGGGGCUCUGCAAACACUUGAGUUGCACUGCAGAGCCUACAAUGGCGUUCUCGUCCUCGAUUUCUCCGUGCAAGCUCUCCUCUAAGCCACUGUUGGGAGCCGCCAAUGUCCCGCCUAAAACUAAGAAGAUGCCCCCCGCCGACAUGCACAAGAUCUGCCCUUUCUCUGCUCUCCCCCGCUCUGCUUUCUCUAAACUUGAAUUUAAUACCCAUGGGGGAAGAAGAGAAUUAUCAAGUUUCAGCAUAUAUUCUGCUAUUAUUAGCCCAGAGCGCACUGCUGAUGAAACUAUAGAGAAAAUUCAGCUUCCAAAGGGUGAUAGUUGGAGUGUACAUAAAUUUGGCGGUACCUGUGUGGGAAACUCAGAGAGGAUCCGCAAUGUUGCAAACGUUAUUGUUAAAGACCAAUCAGAAAGAAAGCUGGUUGUUGUGUCUGCAAUGUCAAAAGUGACGGAUAUGAUGUAUGAUCUGAUUUAUAAAGCAGAGUCCAGAGAUGACUCAUAUAUAACUGCAUUAGAUGCUGUUCUUGAAAAAUAUAAGUUAACAGCAGUAGAUCUGCUAGAUGGAGAUGAGCUUGCUAGUUUUUUAUCUAAGCUCCAAGGUGACAUCAAAAACCUCAAAGCUAUGCUCCGUGCAAUAUACAUUGCUGGUCAUGCAACAGAAUCUUUUUCAGCUUUUGUUGUAGGCCAUGGGGAAUUGUGGUCGGCUCAUUUAUUGUCAUGUGUUGUUAGAAAGAAUGGAGUGGACUGCAAAUGGAUGGACACUAGGGAGGUCCUUAUUGUGAAUCCUUCUGGUGCUAAUCAAGUUGAUCCUGAUUAUUUGGAGUCACAAGAAAGACUUGAGAAAUGGUACUCUAGGAAUCCAUCUAAAACAAUCAUUGCAACUGGCUUUAUAGCCAGCACUGCUCAGAACAUCCCUACAACUCUGAAAAGGGAUGGUAGUGACUUUUCUGCUGCUAUUAUGGGUGCUCUAUUUAAAGCACGCCAAGUAACUAUCUGGACAGAUGUUGAUGGUGUAUAUAGUGCAGACCCAAGAAAAGUUAAUGAGGCAGUGAUACUGAAGAAAUUAUCUUAUCAAGAAGCUUGGGAAAUGUCAUACUUUGGUGCCAAUGUCUUGCAUCCUCGGACAAUUGUUCCAGUUAUGCAAUAUGAUAUUCCGAUUGUUAUAAAAAAUAUCUUUAACCUUUCUGCUCCUGGAACAAUGAUCUGUCGGUCUAAUGAGACUGAGUUUGAAGAUGGAGAGAAACCAGAAUCCCUUGUCAAAGGAUUUGCAACAAUAGACAAUGUGGCACUAGUGAAUGUUGAAGGAACUGGAAUGGUUGGUGUCCCUGGUACAGCUAGUGCAAUUUUUAAUGCUGUUAAAGAUGUUGGAGCUAAUGUAAUCAUGAUAUCUCAGGCUAGUAGUGAGCAUUCUGUAUGUUUUGCCGUGCCUGAAAAGGAAGUUAAAGCUGUUGCUGAAGUUUUAGAGUCUAGAUUUAAGCAAGCAUUGGGUGUUGGGCGAAUCUCUCAGAUUGCAGUUAUACCAAACUGUAGCAUUUUGGCAGCUGUUGGCCAGAAAAUGGCAAGUACCCCUGGAGUCAGUUGUACUCUUUUCUCCGCACUUGCAAAGGCUAACAUCAAUAUCCGUGCUAUAGCUCAAGGUUGCUCAGAGUACAAUAUUACAGUAGUUAUAAAGCGAGAAGACUGUGUGAAGGCUUUACAUGCUGUGCACUCAAGAUUUUAUUUGUCAAGAACCUCAAUUGCGGUGGGCAUUAUUGGACCUGGGUUGAUCGGUGGUACUCUGCUUAACCAGUUCAAGGACCAGACUGCUGUCCUAAAGGAAAAAUUUAACAUUGAUUUGCGUGUUUUGGGUAUCAUUGGACUGAAUACAAUGCUAUUGAGUGAGAAGGGUAUAGACUUGUCAAGUUGGACUGACCUGCUAAAGGAAGGGGAAAAGCCUGACUUAGAGAAGUUCGUUCAGCAUGUGAGUGAAAAUCACUUCAUACCAAAUACUGUUUUGGUAGACUGUACAGCAGACCCUUACAUUGCAAGCCACUACUAUGAGUGGUUGCAUAGAGGAAUACAUGUGAUCACGCCUAAUAAAAAAGCAAAUUCAGGACCCCUUGAUAAGUACUUGAAGCUGAGAGAUUUGCAACGCCAAUCAUAUACACAUUACUUUUAUGAGGCCACUGUUGGAGCAGGUCUUCCAAUUAUUAGCACCUUACGUGGCCUGCUGGAAACUGGGGACAAGAUAUUGAAGAUUGAGGGCAUAUUCAGUGGAACUCUUAGCUACAUAUUCACCAACUUCAUUGGGGAACGAGCUUUCAGUGAGGUGGUGAAGGAGGCAAAAGACGCGGGUUUUACAGAACCAGACCCAAGGGAUGACUUGUCUGGAACAGAUGUUGGCAGAAAGGUUGUAAUUCUAGCUAGAGAAUGUGGUUUGAAGCUAGAACUUUCUGAUUUACCUGUUCAGAGCCUUGUUCCAGAAAAAUUACAGGCUAGUGCAUCAGCUGAGGACUUUAUGCAGCAGCUGCCAAAAUUUGAUCAAUACAUGACUAAACAAAGAAUGGAAGCUGAAAAUGCAGGGGAGGUUUUGAGAUAUGUCGGGAUAGUGGACGUGGCCAACGAAAGAGGGAGCGUAGAACUGCAAAGAUACAAGAAAGACCACCCAUUCGCUCAACUCUCAGGGUCUGAUAACAUCAUUGCAUUCACAACCGAAAGGUACUCCAAGCAGCCUCUGAUCGUACGCGGCCCUGGAGCCGGUGCUGAAGUUACUGCCGGUGGGGUGUUCAAUGACAUUCUGCGACUCGCCUCCUAUCUUGGUGCUCCCUCAUAACUCAUAGGUUCAGGGAGCUGGUGGUGUGUUUUUCGUGGCGUUUUAGCCUUAAAUUUGCAGGGCAUAGCAGCAUUUGUAGUGACUAGCUUAGUGAGUGGUUAGCUGAGCCUCUGAGUUGUGCUAAUAAUGUGUGCCUUUUCAGUAGCUCCUCUUGUUUUCUUUUUCUGCAAACUAUUAUCUUUCUAUGUUCUGUAAGAACUAUCUUCAGUUCCCAUAAAUUUCAUGCGAUUGGGCAUGUGCAAAAUUUGUAGGCAUUGGGUUAAUUAUAUUAGAGCAUUAGAAUUUUUCUUUA